AUUUUGUACCUUACGCAAAUGUUUACACUUUUGAUGAGCACAAUAAGUCCUUUGUGUCUUUAAUGGUGGACGACUGUGGGGGAGUCUUUACUCUUGCUUGUUCAGGUCAUCUUGGGUUAUCUGGGAUGGGCAAAGGGAUGCAGGCUGGGGAGAAGGGCGAGGUAGGUCAAACUAAUGGUCAGGAAUUGGCAGGGGUGGGUAAUGUUUUUUCUGGUUUUGAGUCGGGGUUAGGGAUGGAAAUGGUGGGUGGGAUGUUUGGGCCUGGGGGGAGAAGUUGGUUAUCAAUGGGAACUGGGGGUCUAUGGGAAUCGAAAAACAACAAAGUUCAAGUCUGUUAG